CAGGGUUAAAGGUUACAGGCGGAAGUAGGUGUUUAGGACCAUGUGGAGAUAGUUUAUUACGGUUUCAUUUGUUUUUUUAAUUCUCUGUGUGUCUUUUACAGUUUUACAACAUGGGAAAAAACAAAAAAAGACAACCCGAACAAUCGCAGCGUGAAUCCAAAACAAAUCAGCUUAAAAGCCAGAACAGAAUGUCUAAAGGCAGGAUGUCUGUCAGGACAAAGAGUGUUAAGCGGGACAGUAAGCCCAAGCAGACGACACACCUGGAGCACAUCCCCUUUCGGCUGCGUGAGAUCAUGAAGAGUAAGGAGAUGAUGAAGAUGGGAGUCACCAAGCGGAAGGCCAUGUUGAGAGCCAUGGCGCCAAAGCCGGAUGCUGGGGUCCCACAGACGACGGACAUCCCUGUCCCAAACUUCCAGAGGGGAAAGGAGGAGUCAAAGACGGCGUACCUACAGCGGAUCAGAGAGGAGACCCAGCACGUGCAGUUCCUCACUCUGAACCAGGUGGAGCGCCAGCCAGAGCUGGAGCCAGACAGGCAGGAGAAGCCAGCAGACACGCGCAAGGCUGAGAAGAAGAAAGAAUUUGAUAAAGUAAGAUUGGAAAGGUUGCAGAAGAAGAAGAUGGCAAAGAGAGAAGAGAGGGAGGAGAAGGAGAAAUUUACAGAAAAAGUGCAGUUUGGGGAGGUGGCCAUGGCUCCCCCAUCCCUGACAGCUAAACCCCGGAAAGCUCCAGCAAAGUCUCAGGGGGCGACAAAGGACCUACUGCUUAACUCCCUCCUUGGCCAUUCGUCAGUCUCCGGCAACAAGCCCUCCAUGGCACGGCAGAGGAUGAUGGAGGAGGAGCGAGAGCGCGUGGUCAAUGCCUACCGCCACUUGAAGGCCAUGAAGCAGAGGGGUCAGGGCCCCCCGGUAAAGCAGCAGCAGAGCCCACACUGAUGGUUCAGGCACAACUGCUGAAUUUAGGGGCUGGCAGACUCACAGAAACCAGAUUGCUGCUGUGUGUAGGAGGAAACACGCCAAAGCUGUGAACGCGGCCUGUUCAGGGGUGGAUCAGGGCUGUACCAGUGCAGUGUGGCUCAGUGCAGGCCUUAGGCUCACUGGUCAGGGUAUGUGGCACAGCAUGCAGGGCUCCUGCUCUGGAUGUUAGCAUUCAGACUUCCUGUCAAAUCCUUAUUUUACCAUUUUCCAUGGUUAUUUAACCAUCAGUUAAUUGCUAUUAAAUUUAUACUGUGAAGGGACUGCAUUAGUACAAAUCAUAAAUCAUCUGCGUGAGGUGCUGCAAAGUGUGUUGGGAUUGUUAGCGUGACAAAAAUGAAAGUCUCAAACCACUGGCAGAUUUUUUUUUUAGCUGAGCAAGGUAUUACUUAACUUCCAUUUCAAAUCCACA